AUGUCAGCUAAUCGGGAGUUUUCGCAUAUUACUCUAUCAUCCACUCCAUUCAAAAACCGAAUGGACCAGCAAGCGAAGAAAAAUGACUCCGAUGUCGAAAAAGACAGAAAUAUCGCUAUUAAAUGUGCAGAACGCUUCAAUUACAACACAAAUCUUCUUAGAAAAGUCACUUUGAGCGAUCGUUUCGAGUUGGCUGCUCUCGGAUUCGAAAUGAAAUCAAAACCAAGCUCAUAUUUAGACAAAAAUCAGGAAUCGGAAGAAUUCGAUUAUAUUUAUCGAAAAGAGAAAAAACAGGAUUAUAAUGCCUCCCCACUUCCUGCAGGAAUGAGUCCAACGAAUCCAUUACCAGCUGGGCGCGGUUUUCUUUCUCCUGCAAUCCAAGCAACCAAUAGUGCAUUCCCCUUCGCUGGAAGUCCGAAAUCAACUCCACAAAAAUACUCGAACAGCCCAGCACCUCGUCAACCCAUCAGAUCACUCUUCGACGAUAUUCCAGCAAACAUCGCAUAA